CCGCACUCCAAUCAUUCCUUACUUCAACGUCUUGUCGUUGUAUUCAAAGACCUCGAGUAUUUCAAUAUGGCCGAGAAUGAUGCUCCCACAUCGUGGACAGAACGUCAUACGAGAAUGCCAGGAUAUGAUCCUUCGCGAAGGUAUACAGAGGACCAUCUGAGUACAUUCAAGAUUGAGCCUCCUCCAGCAUUUCAACUAGAAAAUCAUUAUUUGGGGCAAAGAGAAGAAGAAGCCUUCUACAAGGUAUCUAAACACUGCCAGUAAAAUUCUUCACGACAUGGACAUCCCAGAUGCCGAACAGAGAAAGAGACUGCCUCCUUCUCGCUUCCUGUCUGUGCCUGACGGCCCUUCGCGCCAGCCCUCUCUGGGUCCCCCAAACGUAUACAGACCAAUGCAACAGUACCUGCGCGAGCCGACUCCAAAUGAAGCCAUCUCUCAUCCAAGAGCAAUGACAAUGCCCCCGCCCGGUGUCCUCCAAGACCACAUGCCCGGGCAUUACAUGGCAAACCAGACCUUCAUGCCAGCCAUGGGACCGCAAUACACAUUCCAUAACGGGCCUAUGAUCCCUCACAGAAUUAUCAAGUCAGAAUAUCAUGGUCCAGCGGGUCCUCAACCACAACAACAGGCACAAAACUACGUCGAGACGCUCAAUUUCGGCGGCUUUCUGCACCCUCAACAUGCGCCAUUGCAGCUUCAUCCUCCGAUGCGCAACGACCCGCCUCCCAUGUGUCAGUUUGGCUUUGCGGACGAGUUGCUCGCUGGAACCCAGACACUCGAAUCAACCCUCCACGUCAAAGACCGCCUCCUCGCCGAACACAACCGCCUCACAAACCAAUACUCCGCCCUCGACUCCCGCGGCGCUUCGCUCGAGCAGCGCCUCCCCAUCGUUGCACGCGCCCGCGAGUGCAAACGCAGACUUGAGAUUUUGAAUCGCAGACUGCAUGAUCUGGAGCAUGCUGCUGGGCUUGGGUAUGCAUAGUUUGGGAUGAAUUGGGAUGGACAGGUGUGAGGAACGGGGAGUUGGUGUCUGGGUGUGAAUAUGAGAGAUUGUGGUUUGUGGUCUGCUUGCGGUGGUGUGGCGCUGAGUGGAGG